AUGAAUUCCACUCGUCCUCCUGUGCUAGUCGUAGGCGCUGGGCCAGCAGGUCUGGUAGCAGCGUUGACGCUCCUCCAGAAUGGCAUCCCAGUUCGCAUCAUCGAUAAAGACCUAAAUCCUCGCAUGGGACAGCAUGGUGCCGGCCCGGGAAUCUGGCCACGCUCCUUCGAACUCUUCAACUUCCUGAAUGUCCCAGAAGUCAACGAUGUGGCGAAACCCUUCCCUGAAAUCCGUUCCUACAAGCCCGGGACGUUGGAAUUUGCGAUAGAAUCUUCGAUAGUCCCGCUCAUGGAACCCACUCCUGCGAUACCUUUCCAUGCUGCGAAGCUGAUAGAUCAACAACUCCUAGAUGUGAUUCUGCGGCGCUACUUAGAGGAAUACUCGUGCUCUGUCGAAAUGGGCACCGAACUGUGUUCGGUCGAGCAGUCUAACGAAGGUGUCACGGCUGUUUUAGCCAAGGACGGCAUAUUGGAGACUUCAAUACUAAGCGUCGUCCGCAAACAGCUCGGUCUCACGUUCUUGGGCGAGGCUAGAGACGAUCUCCGAAUGGUCAUGGGAGACAUUCGUUUAAAGGGCGUUGAUCUUGAUAGAGCGUAUUGGUACCGAUCUGGAAACUUGAAACGAGGCAUCUCAUUGCGUCCAACAGACGAAAUUGGCGAGGAUGGCUGGCACUUUAGCAUCUUUGGUGGUGAUCUAGGCCUGACAAUGGUCGCUCAGAGCGAGGAGCUGAUUUUUGAGAUCAUCGCAUCGUUGAUACUAACGGAGAUUACGUUCAACAAGCUCGUCUGGGUGAGCAAGGUCAAUAUCCGCAUGGUAAACAAGUUGAGCGAGGGCCGAGGAUUUGUUAUGCUGCUCAGUGUGUAUAUCUUCGACCCCAUUCUUGCAAAACUGAUUCUGACAUAUUUCCAAUGUCCACGGUCUAACCGGUGGUCAGGACUCAAUUUAGGUUGGAAGCUUGCGCUCCUUGAGAAAGGACUCGCCGACAAAUAUCUUCUCGAGACGUAUAAUGCCGAGCGUUUACCUGUCGUCUCCGAGAUGCUUGGGAUGGCCACCACGAUUCUCAACCAGACAUUAAAGACAGGCAACUGGACCGUCUUACGAAGCCCCAUUCUUUUCAUGCUUGGUAUCAACUACCGAUUCAGCAAUAUCGUUCUCGAUGAGUUUGCAAUUCCAGGGAAGCCUAUCAAUGCGUACGGGGUGCUUGACGAGGAGCAUCUGGAAGCUGGGGACAGGGCACCUGAUGCGCUAAAUGUGGCCCAGGUGGGAGGUGGAGAAUCUGACGUGAAGAGGCUCUGUGAUGCUACCCUGAUUUUGAAUACGCUGGAGGUAUAUGACGAAAGCGUUAUACCAUCAGCAGUCGUUCUGCCUUCAUCCGCAUCAGUGACGUCUGUUGCAUCCUCUGCCAACCUCGUUCUUGUUGACCAGGAGCGCCAUGCUUAUUCGGCUUACCUCGUGGAAUCUGGCCAGAUGAAGAUGUUUGUGAUACGGCUGGAUGGAGCGGUUGGGGCGAUCGUACAUGGUACAGAAGGCGUGAAGAAGUAUUUCUCGAGAAUAUUUUUGGGUGUUUAG